GCAGGACAAGGGCACGGUUGUACAAAAGAUGAUGUGGUUGAUGGACCAUGUUUUUAAAUAUACCAAUUUUGGGGUUGUAUCCCUGAUUCAUGGAGAUUUCUUCAUCAGGCAGGGCAAAGCACAUCGAGAAAAGCAACUAGUUUACUUGAAGGAUCACCUAGACAAGUAUUACUACAGCAGAGACAGGAAGUGGAUUGUGCUGUUUCCUGAGGGCGGCUUCCUAAGAAAGAGGCGAGAGACAAGUCAGUCCUUUGCCAAAAAGUAUGACUUGCCUUACUUGACUCACGUAACACUGCCACGGCUGGGUGCCACACAGAUUAUCCUGAAGACCUUAGGACCCCAGCAGGAAAACGGCAUUCUGGGAACAGAUGGAAGUCCACCAGGUCAAAGUAAGGAACAAAAUCAACUUUUUAAUGUU